GCUUAAAAUGUUAAUUCGCUGUUCAAAGUCGUUAAUUCUAGAGUUCUCUUCUCUGCUUUCUUAUACAGCCCGAGCAGACAGAGAGACGGAUACCUAGUCGACCCCUUCAAACCCUAGAGGACUGUUACUGUCCGACAAUUGAUCGAAACCCCUAUCUCCACCGUUACUUAAUUCUUGUUCUCGACGAACAGCACUCGUGGUUGACAGUUUUGAUCUUGCAACGGAGAAGCUAGCAGAUGGAGGAUUGGGAGGAUGAACAAAUUCCACCUCUCCUUUUAAAGGAGCAACCUAAAAGCAAAUGGGACGAUGAAGACGUGGAUGACAAUGAUGUGAAAGAAUCAUGGGAGGAUGAAGAUGAACCAGCUCCGGCACCUGUAACACAGCCUCCUCCUGAAAAACCCUCUAAGAAACCCGUGACAAAAUCUACAGAGAAGAAAGGGAAAACUGUUGAAGUAGCAAAGGAAGAGCCUGAACUUCUAGAUCCUGUUGCUCAGAAACUUCGCCAACAACGGUACCAAAAUGAUAUUUUUUAUUUCUUCCAUCUUUGUUGAUCUUUUUUAUAUCAUUUUUAAUUUUAAUUGGGACAAUAACAUGAAAAUGUAAAAUCACCUGUAUACAGACAAAAGUAUCAUAUAUUAUUAUUAUUGUCAUUCCCUGUUAUGACAUUCACAUUCGAAAUUUAGAAGGUUUUGGUAGAUAGAAGGAAAUAGGUAUGUGGUUUCAUCUUUGGUGUGAAACAAAGUUUGGCUGUAUGCUCCUGGAAUUAAUAUCUGAAAUCGGGGAAAAUAUGAGACAAAAUCUGAUCUGGGCAAUUGUAUCCAGCCUAGUUCUCCUCAAUAAUGAAACCUGGUAAAGAAUGUUAUCUCACCCUCUGAAAUGUGCUCAAUGGAUACAGAAGAAUUGAUGAUAUUCUCAAAAUUACUUCUAGUCCUUGUUGGCAUUGGAUGUCUAGAUAGAUCUCAGGACACUGUUUCAUCUAUGCAAUCAAUACUUUUGUCAACUCAUGAAAUAGUAGUAAAUAACUUUGACUCAUGGGAUGAAACUAUGUUCCCUUUUAGGUUUCUAGCAGUUAAUGAUACUAUCAAAAUGCAUUUAGUGUAGAGUUAGAAGCUAAAUAAGGCAUAGCAGUGACUGAGAAAAAUUUCUAAUACCAUCUCUAGUAAGCUGGAUUGUAAAUUGAAAUAUGCGACUCUCGAGAAGGAAAGGGAACUGGCAUCUUGUCCGCAGAUAGAUGGAGUGUGGUCGUGUCCUUGGCAUGACUUAUAUCUCCUUCAAUUUUGAUGGGCCCAAAGAAGAAAAUAACCUCUGCUUAGCUUGUUCCUGUUCCAAAGUAUUAUGCUAUCACCACCU